AUGGCGGCGGCGGUGGAGACCCGCAGAGUCUGCGAGACCGCCGGCUGCAGCAGCGAGGCCAAGCUGCAGUGCCCCACCUGCCUCAAGCUGGGCAUCCAGGGCUCCUACUUCUGCUCCCAGGAAUGCUUUAAGGGAAGCUGGGCCACUCACAAGUUAUUACACAAGAAAGCAAAAGAUGAAAAAGCUAAGCGUGAAGUUUCCUCCUGGAGCCUGGAAGGUGAUGUUAACACAAAUCCCUGGUCUGGUUAUCGAUACACUGGGAAACUCAGGCCACACUAUCCGCUGACGCCAACAAGACCUGUGCCAAGUUAUAUUCAGAGACCGGAUUAUGCUGAUCAUCCACUAGGAAUGUCUGAAUCAGAACAAGCUUUAAAAGGAACCUCUCAAAUAAAAAUACUGUCAUCUGAGGAUAUAGAAGGGAUGCGAGUAGUGUGUAGGCUUGCUAGAGAAGUGUUGGAUGUUGCUGCCAUGAUGGUGAAACCAGGAGUUACUACUGAAGAAAUUGAUCAUGCUGUCCAUUUAGCUUGUAUUGCAAGGAAUUGUUAUCCUUCCCCUUUGAAUUAUUAUAAUUUCCCCAAGUCGUGUUGUACGUCAGUGAAUGAAGUGAUCUGUCAUGGAAUUCCUGACAGGAGGCCAUUGCAGGAGGGAGAUAUUGUUAAUGUGGAUAUCACCGUCUAUCGCAAUGGCUACCACGGAGAUCUGAACGAGACGUUUUAUGUUGGAGAAGUGGAUGAGGGUGCCAGGAGGCUUGUCCAAACAACUUAUGAGUGCCUAAUGCAAGCCAUCGAUGCAGUAAAACCUGGUGUUCGGUACAGAGAACUGGGGAACAUAAUUCAGAAACACGCUCAGGCAAAUGGAUUUUCAGUGGUUCGGAGCUACUGUGGGCAUGGAAUCCAUAAACUUUUCCAUACGGCUCCUAACGUGCCCCAUUAUGCCAAAAACAAGGCAGUUGGAGUCAUGAAGCCAGGUCAUGUAUUUACAAUUGAACCAAUGAUCUGUGAAGGAGGCUGGCAGGACGAGACCUGGCCCGACGGUUGGACUGCGGUGACGAGGGACGGGAAGCGCUCGGCACAGUUUGAACACACACUGCUGGUCACGGACACGGGCUGCGAGAUCCUGACCCGGCGCCUGGACAGCAUUCGCCCCCACUUCAUGACCCAGUGAUAGUCCACACUGAGCAGAUCCAAGAACAUGAAGUGCUGCAUACCCUUGGCUCCCUUGACACUGCAGAUUUAGGUGGGGGAAAGGGGUUAAUGCUUCACAGAACUGGACUCGUCUACUCCCAAAUUUGCCAGAAAAUAUCUUCUCUGCCCUGAGUGCCUCAGACCUCUGUUGCUGUAACAUCACUGCGAUGUUUUCAUUACCUUUAUUCUUGUUUUAAUUAUGCAGUGAAGUGACCUGAAACAAUGCACAGAGAGUGCGUGUGUGUGCGUAUGGCUGUGUGUGUGGAGAUUUUUAGCAAAACAGACUGUAGUACUGGAGUGGGAUUACCUGUGCUGAAUGAGCUGUGUUGAGGAGAUGCCUGUCCUGGAGGUUUGCCCACCAUAUCCUUCACUUGAAUGGUUACAAUGGUCUUGCCUUUUCUAUGUGUGUGUGUAUGAUGUGGGGGGUGGGGGGCUUCAUUUUUGGUCUAUAAAAUAAA